AUGAGUAUGCAUCCGGAAUCGUCCGAUAGGCCUAUAACGACAUCAUCAACUAACUUGGCAAAUCUAGGAGCUCAGCUGAGUGAAGUACUAAACAGAUUCAAUGAGUUAAGUGUGGAAAUGACCGCGCAACGGCGUGUGAUUGACCAGUUGGUCGCUGGUAGCAGUAGUGGUGUCCAACCUGAGUCUUUAUCUGCUAGUCAACCUAAACUGCAACCAAUAAUUUUACCUUAUACUCAAACCUCUGUUACUUUACAUGUCAUAAAUCCACCCGAGGAAGCUUUCACCUAUCCCACCCAUGGCCCACCACCUACCUAUGCACCUAACAUCCAAACCAAUCCUUCUUACACUCAAGUUCCCCAAAAUUAUCCGCCGGUUAGUAUGAACAUGCCACUUGAACCUCAAGGACCCUAUUACUAUUUCACCGCUGAACCAUUCACGUUAGACACCGCUGCCCAAGGAAAAGUUGAAGCUGGAAAAUCAUCCGCGCCAAUUGACAAGAAUUUGCUAAAGAGGUUGGAUCGGUUUGAUGAAUUCAUGAGGAAGAGCCAAGGUUUAAGCAAACAAGGAGGAUUAGAUUAUAACGAGUUGUGCCUGUUUCCUGAUAUGCAACUGCCUGUGGGUUUUAAAGCACCCAAAUUUAGCAAGUAUGACGGAACGGGCAAUUCCAAGACACACCUUCGAAUGUUUGCAAACAAACUAGGGAAGCCAAUAGAUGAUGAGAAUCUACCUGUGCGCUUAUUUCCCGAAAGUCUAGAAGGCGAUGCAUUGGAUUGGUAUUCCAAUUUGAAGCCUGAGGAUAUGAGAACCUGGCUGGAUUUGUCAACCGCUUUUGUAAGGCAGUAUGAGUACAAUUGUGAGCUUGCUCCGACGAGAACCACACUAGAGGGAACUAAAAGGAAACCAUCUGAGGAUCACAAGACGUAUGCAAAGAGAUGGAGAAAAUUGGCUGCCAAGGUGGAGCCUCCCAUGACUGAAGAAGAAAUCGUUCAUACGUUCAUCAAAGCUCGUGACCUGCCCUAUUUUGAGGAAAUUUUUCGCAUGACUGGAAGCUUCUUUGCAGAAAUUCUCAAAGCAGCAGGGAAAAUUGGUACGAUACCUCCUAAAGUCUAUACUAAAGGAGUUCCCCCUGGUUAUGAUCCCCAAUCUUUUUGUGCUUAUCAUUCUAGAGCUCCUGGACAUUCUACUGCCAAUUGUUGGGUGCUUAAACAUAAAAUCCAAGACAUGAUUGAGGCCGGAGACAUAAUUUUGAGAAGGAGAGAAGAACAAGGGCCAAGUGUUAGCAAAAACCCUCUUCCUGCGCACAAAGAUACUGUAGGGGCCAUUACUACUGAUGAGGAGUUUGAGCAGCCUGCCAAAUACACUGUGGGAGAGAAUGAAGACAUCGAAAUAGUCCAGAAUCCUUUUUGCUAUCGAAAGAGAAUGGCUCGUGCUUACAACAAGAAGGUCAAACCACGACUAUUCAUAGAAGGAGAUAAAGUCUUGAAACGAAUUUUGCCAGUGCAAGAAGAGGCUAAGGCAAGAAUGGAGAAUGGUAAUGGAGGUGCUAACGGUCAUGCAGAGUCUCUUAGACCUAUCCGAUAUCGAGUACUGGGUGGAGGAUCUAGUGUCCGAUACUCACCUUCUUCUAGAUUCUCUUGUUGUCCCUGUAGGGAGACGCAUGUCUACCCUAACGAUCUAGUGUUGUCUAUUGAUGAUGAGCGCCGACAGUUAUUGAUUUCUAAUAAGGCAGUAUUUGAGCAGGUUGAGGAGCUGAGGGCUAUAGUGGAGGCCCAAGUGCUAUGA